AUGGCCUCGCGCUCGCCCUUCACAAAACUCAUGCCCAUGCUGCGGCGAGCUUGCCCCGGCGCAUCGCCACUCAAUCGUAGCAGCCCCAUCCUCCAGGCCCUGCAGGCCCAACAACAACCUUUCCAACCCACCGUCGCCGCGCGCUUCGCACACACGAUCCCGAAACCAAAAGCCGCACGCGACGCCGAGGCCAAGUCCCCCGCCCAGAUGCGCCUCGAGGCGUCGCCGCACUACCAGCUCGACUUCACCUGCGUGCCCUGCGACACCCGCUCCCGCCACAAGGUCUCCAAGCAGGGCUACCACCACGGCUCUGUCCUCAUCACCUGCCCCUCCUGCCGCAACCGCCACGUCAUCAGCGACCACCUGGGCAUCUUUGGCGACCGCAAGGUCACCGUCGAGGACCUGAUGCGCGAGAAGGGCCGCCUCGUUAAGAGAGGCACCCUGGGCGAGGACGGCGACAUCGAGUUCUACCCUGACGAAGCCGCCGCCGCCGCCGAGGCUGAGGCCACCCCCGAUACUAAGAAGGACGGCUCUGCCUGA